AAGAAUGUUUACAAAUCUAUAAAUUUUUAUAUUAUGUUAUUUUAGGAUAUGAAACUUCUCAAUGUGCAUUAAAUAGAAAUUUUAAUAUUCCUAUAUUACAUUUUUUUCAUCUACGUAUUACUCUUUGAUCAUAAUAUUUGGAUUAAAUUUUUCAGCCGUGCAUCGCACAGGUGAGAAUACUAGUUGUAAAGAAAACACAACUUAUUAUAAUGUAAAUUACUCCCUUCGUCUCACUACAAUUGUCUCAUUUUUUCGUUUUUACGGAUCCCCUAAAUUUGCCUCAAUACUCAUGUAUUUUUGUGGUUUUAUCCCUCAUCACCCACACAAAACGAGGUUCGUAAGGGAAAGAACAACACAGGAAAUUAUGAAGAAGAACAGAGUAAUCAAAUCUGUGCCAGACCAUUUCCUCACGACCGCCUUACCUUCCACUUUCAUACUUCUUCUCAUCAGCGCCUCCACCUCCUUCACCAAAUUGAAUUCCUUACCCUUCUUCUUCAGCUCCUCCACGCACUUCCGUAUCAGCUUCCCGUCCUCUUUCUCUCGCUCCAGAAGCUUCUCCAGAUGCGCCUCGGUGUCGGCCUUGUACCGUAUUGCCCAGAUCAUUCCCAGGGAGCAGAGAGACGGGAUCCACGAUCUGCGGCAGUAGAUUCCGGCUCCCUUCGGCCAGGAUCGGGCGACGGAGCUGAAGAAGAUCGUUAGGCAGAGGGAUUGGAAGAGGAAGAAGAGACAGCAGAGCUGCUUGAUCUCCUUUCUGAAGGAGUCGAUUUGAGUCUCCUUUGCGACGAUCCUGUUGAAGUUUAGAUCUUCUUCCUUGAGCCAUCGCUUGAGGAGGAGAUCGUGGGUUGGGAGCUCGGAGAUUUGGUGCAGUGGGUGAACGGUCUUCGCCUCCAUGAUUGAGGACGACUGUGUUGCGUUCUCAACAUCCAUUUCUGUUCUCUUUCUAUUGGUAGAAAGAGGCGAAAACCAUCGUUCAAUUGCUCAACUGCUCUCUGAAAAAAAUUGAAACAAAAUGAGUCUGCAUGAAGGCUCUUCAUGCAGCCGAGGGCUUCAUAUCCCCGAGGGCUCUGUGUAGUCGAAGGCUUGGUUCAACCGAAGGCUUCUCUGAUGCCGAGGGCUCAACAGUGCCGAAGGCUCCUGUUUUCCGCCGUUUUGUCCCAUUAGCUUCGUAUGACAAAAAAGGCUAUCCUUUUGGAAAAUUCUUAGUGUACAUGACUUAUAUACAAAUUGUACACAAAUCCCCUAGUUGCCUGUGUACACAGGCAAUUCGUAUAAAAAGGAGCAGGAAUUCAUGUCAAAUUGUCCGUGUACACAGACAAUGCACACAUUUUGUGUACAACUUGUGCAUACCAAAAAUUUCUUGGUCCCUAUCCUUUUAGACAGAGAGAAAUGCGAGAUGAAUGGAUGUGGGUAGAAAGAGUAGUUGGGUCAUAAAAAAUGUGUGGGGCACUAAAAAGAUUUUUGGAGAAAGUACUUAAGACCGUAAAAGUUUAUAGUGUCAAAGAAAAAAGUGAUUCAGAAAAAGUA